AGAAACAAGAAAACACAAGUGUGGUCGCAAGUGGUGGUCGCAUUGGAAGACGAGAUUUAAUUUUCUUUUCUACACACCCAACCCAUUUCCAACUUUUUCUUCUCUUCGAGCCUUGCGACUUUCUGGGUCUCUUCCAAUUUAUUAUUAAUAUUAAAUAUUAAUGCCCUCUUUUCUAAGUUUCAUUUCUAAUUUACCCAACAAACCACACCAUAUUGUCUGCCUCUCUUUUCAUCCAACUUCCAAAACCCCUCUUCUGACUCUUUGCUUUCUUGUUAUUUGAUUCAUUGAUUCUUUCUUUUCUUGUUGGAUAAAUCAAGAGAUUGUUUGGUGACGAUGAAGGCUUGUUGAUCAUCAUCUAUUUCAAUAGGCGUUUCAAGAUCUUCCUGUAGUUCUUGUUGUCAGAUCUAUUGUUUGUAAUCUUUGGGGGUUUUCAGGGCUAAUUAUAAUGCAAGGGCAAAACAAUGCUAUCGGUUCUUUGCCGGAAAGCUUAACUUUAGAACAUGGUUCAGGUUCAAGUGAUUCCGCCGUUGCAAGUUUUAUUCGAAAUUCGCCAGUUGAUGCACAUCAAGAAACCCGAAACCUAAGCAUGUGGAAUACGGGUGAAUCGAGUUCAACCUCUGUGCCAAACGCGUGGUCGUCUUUUAUAAAAGCUCAACACGAACGGUCCGCAAAUAGGCUUUCAUUGGGUGAUCUUAACUUGAACCCAACCCAUACUCAUGCUAACAACGGUCAUCAUGGUCAUAACGUUACUGUAAAUUCGUCAACUCGUGUUGGCAAGACGCCGUUAACGCAUGCUAGUGGCAGUUCAUCAGGCCCGGUUGAAAUGGAGGCCCAACAAUUAUCCCGUAAAAGAAAAGCAGCUGAAUUAAGUAUUGGUCAGUCGUCGUCUUCCGGGAUCGAAAGUUCAAACAUUUAUCAAAGGCCCGGCGGAACUGAUAGCGUGUGGCAAUCGGUUUCAGAAAACCCUACACCAACUAAUAUAAUAUCUUUUGAUCCAAUUAUCCCGAGACUUGGUUCAAAUAUCGGAGGAGUUUCUUCUGAUUAUCGUUCUAUAGAAAACGUCCGUAGAAAUGUUCGCAUAAGGACUAAUAACUCCCACCAACAAGAUCAAUUAAGUUUUUCGUCUCCACAUCCUUCUUUGGGGCUUAACCUUGUAGCAGCAGGUGAUAGCUCAUCAAGUCAAGCGGGUCAACCUAUGCUGCGCGUCCCACCGUUGACGAGAAAUGUGCAUGCAUCUUCUAGAAAUAGCACUAGCUCAAGAGCCAAUCGGCCCAUUGCAUCAAAUAUUAUCGAUGGUUCAAGAGAUACCUCGAGAACAACACCCGCGAAUAUAUCAGAUCACCCUUUAUUUGUCCAGUUAAAUGAUAUACGGAACACCGCUCAAACAGCGGUUAAUUUGGAUUUGAAUUCUGUAGGUGGGCAUGAAACAAACAAUCGUGCUUCUUCACUUUAUUCGUCUAGAAGACGCACUGAACUUCUUCGGCGGUCUUUGUUGUCCUCCAUUGAUUCACGGGCUAGUAGUAGUGGAGGGCAAAACCGUAAUCUUUUCUCUAGAAUUCCACCACCUGUGAAUGCUUCAGCUUCCGCUUCGGCUUCACAAGAAACCGGAAUCCCGACUGUAAAUCCUAUCACGGGUCAUCAUCAUCAUCGGGCAAGAACCUUAAAUAGACAGGUUGAUGGUGCUUUUGGUUUCCCGUAUCUAUCAUCAACAACGGUUUCUGGUGGAAGUGAAAGAAGAGGCAGACUUGUAUCAGAGAUGCGCAACGUUUUGGAUCGUAUACGCAGGGGAGAGGGUCUGCGAUUCGAGGAUGUUAUGCUUUUAGAUCAAUCUGUCUUUUAUGGCAUGGUUGAUAUUCAUGAUCGGCACAGGGAUAUGCGGCUCGAUAUCGAUAACAUGUCUUACGAGGAGCUGUUGGCGUUGGAAGAGCGGAUUGGAAACGUGAACACUGGAUUGACCGAAGAAAACAUUUAUAAACAUCUGAAACAGAAAACAUACGCGAGUGUAGCGGGUGAGACAGAUGCCGAACCUUGCUGCAUAUGUCAGGAAGAAUACAAGAAUGGAGAUGAUUUGGGAGCAUUGGGUUGCGGGCAUGAGUUCCACACGGGUUGCAUCAAACAAUGGCUGCUUCAGAAGAACGCGUGUCCGGUCUGCAAGUCUGCGGCUUCAAAAUGAGAGAUUUAAAAGGAGGUUUUUGUUGAAGAUAACAAUUACUUCAUCGUACUGGAUUGGAUCAAGAAUCAUGAAGGUGGAGUUGGUAAUGUUUAUUCAGGCAAAUAGUAUUAUUCAAAUAUGAAGUAUUUUGGUAUUUUUUUUAAUGCCAUUUAUUUAUGACUAAAUUGUUAUUAAGAGUUUGUUUACAUAUCUAUAUUUACUUGAUUUUAUUCUCUAGGAA